CUGUAGUACCGAGCGGCAGUUUGCCGCUUAAAUACAAUUAUGUUUCUUUAUGCUCCACAUAACGUGUCUCAGUUAAAUUCUGUCUUGCUUUCUGUAAACGCAUGUUGGAUUUAUGACAGUAAUUAUGUGGUAGAACUUAUUUCAAAUCAUACUGAUGAAGCUAUAUUGCCACCUAACGCUCGUUAGGUGAACAGUUCACUGCGCCUGCGCGGGUUACCGGACAAGAUGGCGACCAGCAAUGGUGGAGGAAUGGAAGUGGAUGGGGCAGCCAGCCCCAGUGUUAUGGCCGCAGGGGUCACCGGAAGCGUCUCUGUGGCCUUGCACCCUCUGGUUAUCCUCAACAUAUCCGACCACUGGAUACGCAUCCGCUCACAAGAGGGACGACCAAUGCAGGUGAUUGGCGCCCUGAUCGGGAAGCAGGAGGGAAGAAACAUCGAGGUGAUGAACUCCUUUGAGUUGCUGUCUCAGACCAUAGAUGACCGAGUGCAUAUUGACAAAGAGUACUACUACACCAAGGAGGAACAAUUUAAACAGGUCUUUAAAGAGAUGGAGUUCUUGGGCUGGUACACCACAGGCGGCCCACCUGACGCAUCAGACAUCCACAUUCACAAGCAGGUGUGCGAAAUUAUUGAGAGCCCGCUCUUCCUCAAACUCAAUCCAUUGACCAAGCAUACAGAUCUUCCCGUUAGCGUUUAUGAAUCUGUGAUUGACAUCAUCAAUGGCGAGGCUACCAUGUUGUUUGCUGAGCUGACGUAUACUCUGGCAACAGAAGAAGCGGAGAGAAUCGGGGUUGACCACGUAGCUCGAAUGACAGCCACGGGCACAGGAGAAAACUCAACAGUUGCUGAACACCUUAUAGCCCAGCACAGUGCGAUAAAGAUGCUCCACAGCCGGGUGAAGAUAAUUCUAGAGUACGUCAAAGCCGUGGAAUCAGGCGAGGUGCCAUUUAACCACGAGAUCCUUCGAGAAGCCAACGCCCUGUGCCACAGAUUGCCAGUCCUCAGUACCAUAAAGUUCAAAACUGACUUCUAUGAUCAAUGUAAUGACGUGGGCCUCAUGGCCUACUUAGGCACCAUCACCAAGACCUGCAACAGUAUGAACCAGUUCAUCAACAAGUUCAACGUGCUGUACGACAGACAGGGAAUCGGCCGGAGGAUGAGAGGACUCUUCUUCUGAGCCGGCAGAGCGACGAACAUGCACUGCAGUUUAUUUUUCUGUUUUCUUCUUGGACAUGUUUUGUAUUUUUUUGGUUAGCUAAAACAAAUUCGGCAGUAAAUUUUCAAACAAGUUUACUGCUUUUCAACCACAAGUGUAUCGAAAAGCACUUAAUUACACAAAUCUAAAAGAGAUAUGUACAAAAUCGCUAAACCUUUUCUUGGUUACGCACAGAAAUUAAUCCACUAUACAUGAACGUUAUAUUAUUUUACCCCGUUUGUUUUAUUGUUUCAUGUUGCUGUAUGUAAUAAAUGAUCUGCUGAUUUUUUUCAUUGGA